CCUGUCCAGGUAGACCAGAAGGAAGACCCUGAGGAAGACUCUGAGGAAGAGGGGGGGAAGGAGGGAGAGAAAGACAAGGAGGGAGGAGAAGAGGAGGAGGAGCCCAAACCUGAGGGAGAGGAAGAGGAGGGAGAGGGAGAGGAAGAAGCUAAACCUCCUAAGGCUCCCCGUCGACCCAGGAUCAUGCAAAUUAAAGUUACACUGCUGGACGACACUCUGUUUGAGUGUGAGCUGGAUGUAAGUCCCAAUAUUACCAAAUCAUUCCUUUAUUAUAGCGGGUAUUCUGGGAUACAUAGCCUGGGGGACCCAGGUCGGUUUGUGCUGUCUUGACAAAUCCUAUUAAAUUGUCCGAUUUUUAUAUAUGUCAUGCCGUGUUUGGCAUGGCUGCUUGGCAUGACAAUUCAAUAUGAUUUGGCAAGACAGCACAACCAGACCUGGGAUCUGUAGGCUAGGGAUACAUCCAGUAUUGGAACAAAACUAUCCUCCACCACUUCUCAGACAAUGUUGUUUUUGUCAUUGGUCAGCAGUAGCCUAACUACCAGCCUGCUACUGUAAGGUCCCUGGGAAACACACCGACAUUCUGUUUGUCAUUGGUCAGCAGCAGCCUCACUACCAGCCUGCUAUAGAAGAUCUCAGAAAUUCUCUCAAAGAUUGUGCACAAAUUUGUUUACAUCUCUGUUAGUGAGCAUUUCUCCUUUGCCAAGAUAAUUACAUUUACAUUUUAGUCAUUUUAGCAGAUGCUCUUAUGAUAACGGCACAUCGACAGAUUUUUCACCUAGUCAGCUCGGGGAUUAGAACCAGCGACCUUUCGGUUACUGGCACAACGCUCUUACCCACUAAGCUACCUGCCGCCCGCUAAUCCAUCCACCUGACAGGUCUGGCAUAUCAAGAAGCUGAUUAAACAACAUGAUCAUUACACAGGUACACCUUGUGCUGGGUACAAUAAAAGGCCACUCUAAAAUGUGCAGUUUUGUCACACAACACAAUACCAUAGAUGUGUCAAGUUUUGAGGAAGCAUGCUGUUGGCAUGCUGACUGCAGGAAUGUCCACCAGAGCUGUUGCCAGAGAAUUGAAUGUUCAUUUCUCUACCACAAGCCGCAUCCAACGUUGUUUUAGAGAAUUUGGCAGUACGUCCAACCGGCCUUACAGUCACAGACCACGUGUAACCACGCCAGCCCAGGACUUCCACAUCCGGCUUCUUCACCUCCGGGACUGUCUGAGACCAGCCACCCGGACAGCUGAUGAAACUGAGGAGUAUUUGUGUCUGUAAUAAUGCCCUUCUGUGGUCAUUCUGAUUGGCUGGGUCUGGCUCCCAAGUGGCUGGGACUAUGCACCCCUGCCCAGUCAUGUGAAAUCCAUAGAUUAAGGCCUAAUGUAUUUAUUUCCAUUGACUGAUGUCCUUAUAUGAUCUGUAACUCUGUAAAAUCGUUGGAAUUGUUGCGUUUUGCGUUUAUAAUUUUGUUCAGUUUACAUCACAGAAGACUGAAAUAUACCAAAACCGUUUGACAUAGAAAGACCGGAUUUUCGGCGUUAAAAAAAUAUAGAAUGUUUAUUAAUUAUGAAUGUAUGAAAAAUAUUAAUAACAUUCCACCCGUAAGGCCACUAGAGGGCGAUUUGGUCAUUUAACUGCAGGAAAGAGGUCUACUGUAUAAGUCCCAAUUGACACCCUAUUCCCUACAUAGUGCCCUACUUAUGACCAGAGACCUAUGGGCUCUGGUUACAAGUAGUGCACACUAUAUAGGGAAUAGGGUGCUAUUUGGGACAUAAAUUGAAUGACUGGCUUCUCUCCUGUUUUUUUAAACAUGCCAAAUGACAUACAUAGUUAAAGACAGGUUUAUUGUGGCUCUGUAUGACAUCUCUCUCUUGCCUUUAGAAACAUGCCAAAGGUGUGGAGCUGUUCACCAAGGUGUGUGACCACCUCAACCUGCUGGAGAGAGACUACUACGGUCUGGCAAUCUGGGAGUCGCCCUCCAUGAAGGUCUGUUGCUCUUAAGUCAGGGGUUCCCAAACGUUUUUGCUUUGUGACCCACAAAUUGCUGUGUCUUUUGAGUUGUGACCUGAUUGGGUGAAUACCCGGGGCGCGAGGUGUUUGGAGUUGUCAACAAAGCAGCAUGACAGAAAUAUAAUGCCACGUUUUCGAACUACCGGUAGUUUCUUUGAGAAGAUAUAUAAAGCGAUCUGUGCAUUUGAACAACAGCAUAACUACACCUAUUUCACUUUUGCGUGUCAAACACCGAAUGACCACUGCUGCACACGCUUCCACUGUUUUGAACAGAUUAGAUUAUACUAUUAUAUUAUAUGAUAGUAGAUUAUACUAUUUAGAACGAGCAGGCAGCUCACGCACAAACGAGUGCACCAGGGAGAACGCAACAAGCAUGCAGAUGAAAUAAGUGAAAACACAUUAUCUAACUGGGGAUAGCUAGCUAACAUAAUGUCACAAAGCAUGGACCACCCAUACGUAAAAAUGUAUGCACACAUGACUGUAAGUCGCUUUGGAUAAAAGCGUCUGCUAAAUGGCAUAUUAUUCUGAAAUACACUAUAUAUACAAAAGUAUGUGGACACCCCUUCAAAUUAGUGGAUUCGGCUUUGUCAGCCACACCCGUUGCUCACAGGUACAUAAGAAUUAAGCACACAGCCAUGCAAUCUCCAUAGACAAACAUUGGCAGUAGAAUGGCCUUAAUGAAGAGCUCAGUGACUUUCAACGUGGCACCGUCAUAGGAUACCACCUUUCCAACAAGUCAGUUCAUCAUAUUUCUUCCCUGCUAGAGCUGCCCUGGUCAACUGUAAGUGCUGUUACUGUGAAGUGAAAACGUCUAGGAGCAACAAUGGCUCAGUUGAGAAGUGGCAGGCCAUACAAGCUCACAGAAUGGGACCGCCGAGUGCUGAAGCGCGUAAAAAUCAUAUGUCCUUAUUAUCUACACUCACUACCAAGUUCCAAACUGCCUCUGGAAGCAACGUCAGCACAAGAACUGUUCAUCGGGAGCUUCAUGAAAUGGGUUUCCAUGGCUGAGCAGCCGCACACAAGCCUUAAGAUCACCACGCGCAAUGCCAAGCGUCGGCUGGAGUGGUGUAAAGCUCGCCACCAUUGGACUCUGGAGCAGUGGAAACGCAUUCUCUGGAGUGAUGAAUCACGCUUCACCAUCUGGCAGUCCAACGGACAAAUCUGGGUAUGGCGAAGGCCAGGAGAACGCUACCUGGCCAAAUGCAUAGUGCCAACUGUAAAGUUUGGUGGAGGAGGAGUAAUGGUCUGGGGCUGUUUUUCAUGGUUCGGGCUCCUUAGUUCCAGUGAAGGGAAAUCUUAACGCUACGGCAUACAAUGACAUUCUAGACAAUUCUGUGCUUCCAACUUUGUGGCAAAAGUUUGUGGAAGGCCCUUUCCUGUUUCAGCAUGACAAUGCCCCUGUGCACAAAGCGAGAUCCAUACAGAAAUGGUUUGUCGAGAUCGGUGUGGAAGAACUUGACUGGCCUGCACAGAGCCCUGACCUCAACCCCGUCGAACACCUUUGGGAUGAAUUGGAAGCAAAUUUCCUGCAAUUCUAUACAGUAUGACAUAACUAAUGCUGUGUUCUUAUGCUUAAACAUUAUAACAAAAUCAAUGGGGGCCUGAUUGUCAAUCUUCUAUUUUGUUGAUUGUAGAAUAUUUGUUCUCAAAGAUUAUAGGCUAUUAUUAUCUACAUACUUUCUAUUUGGUUUUAGUCUUUUAAAGGGGAAUGGAUACACUUUAGGAAGUAAAUCUAAGCAAAGAGAUGUAUUCAAUCCAUUAAUCCUAAACAUGUGCAUUUAACAUAAAAACAUCUCUAUAUUUAGUGUUUUGAUCGUCAACAAGGUUUAUUUGAGCUAUGGUCAGCGCCAUUUUAAAUUGCCAUAGUAAUGACUGACGCCGCACUGGCAGGAAUCAGCUAAUUGUCUGUGGUAUUGAGUUUUCGCGCGGAGACUGAAUCGAAGAGAGUGAGGUUAGGUGCGGACAACGAAUAUGGCAUCAACAAGUAGUAAUUCAAACAUGAACUGGGUAGAGCCAGGCUGUAUGAAUUGGCUCCAAAAAAAUCCCUCGGUAAACUACACCGGCUGCCCAAGGACCCACAUCUUUUGAAGUGGCUCUAUGUCCUGAAGAGGAAGGACGUGCCAGUUCGAGCUAGCAGGAUCUGCAGGAAGCACUUUGCAGACGUAGACUUCGCGAUGAAGGCAACCGGGAGUUUCCAAAUGGAAAGGAGUCAUAUGCCUACGUUGAAGCACUCUGCUUGCGCCUCCAUUUGACAUUUCGAGGGUUAUGGUGUAGGUGUUACCAACCGACCAUCAUCAACAUCGCUGCCUUUGGAGUCAAGCAAAAUCGACUGAACGGAGAAGGCGACGCGAGUCAAUGCAAUGGAGCCUGAGGUAACGUUAACUGGUCAUGACUGUUGUUGACUUGGCUAGCGUUAGAUACUGGACAACUUUGUUGCAACUCUAGUUGAAGGUAAUGUUAACUAGCUAAUUGCGUCUGAAGUGUUUUGUGUAACACACCCCAGCAAAUAACGUUAGCAAGCAACUCAACUGCAACUAAAAUUGCAACACAGUUUCUCCGUGUACCCCUGUUAUUAAGUAGUUACUGUAGUUAGCUUCCACCUCAGAUAGUCAAGUACAGUAAUACAUUUUAUUGACAGAUUUUGUUUUUGUAAUGUUUUGUUAGCGCCACCUAAUUUAGCUAGACUGAAGUUGAUAUAGCUAAUGUUUGCUGAAAUAUAAAUAUGUCUGUCUGUGUGUGUGUGUGUGUAUGUGUGUGUGUGGACAAAGAAUAGAAGACAGGUAGAUUGUUAAUGCCAACUGAUAUAUUUGGGUUCAGUUGUCUUAACAAAAUAUUUGUUUGUUUUCAGGAUGACAUCUUCAUCCCUGAGAAGGGGUUCACCCUGGAGGAACUGUGCAGGAGGCAGAGGAGGUACAUGUUAUUUCUAAGGCUAUUGUUUAUUUUAAGUAUAUGCAGUGAUUCUUGAAUAUAACUAAUAGAUGCCUUAAUUGUUUUCUUCCAACAGAUGGAGCUGACGGAGAGUGAGAUCAGUGUUGACCAUAACUCGCUGAAUGAACCUGAGAGCUCAGAAUCUCAAUCAAUCACAGUGCGAGCCAAGAUAUACAAUCGAUCACUUUGGGGGAGUGGGCUGGUGUUCCAAAAAUGGAGAAGGAGCAGGCCAUUCAACAGCGAAUUCAAAGAUACACCCAUCCAUAAAGGGAAUCGGAGUGGAAUUGUUUUUUCACUUGAUUUUUUUUUUCCUGUUUCAACGGAUGUGCUACCUUGUCCCGGUCCUGCUGUUUCGACUCUCUCGCUCAACCUAUGAGUGCUCAGCUAUGAAAAGCCAACUGACAUUUGCUCCUGAGGUGUUGAACUGUUGCACCCUCUAUAACCAAUGUGGUUAUUAUUUUGAUGUAAAAAGGGCUUUACAUUUGAUUGAUUGUUUGCUGUGCUUGAUGCUGUGUAUUCACAAACUGUCUGAUUGAUGGGACAUUUUUAUAGUAUCUGUAACAUAUUUUGGUGUGUAUUUAAUCUGCAUCUUAACUUCUUAAAGUGCCAAUCAACAGUAGAAACAAUAACAGUGUCUCCCCGCUCCUCUUUGGGUAAAAAGCUGAGGGAUGGGGCUGGAGAAAUGUAACCACUCUCAAAUUUAUAGACAGAGAUAUAUAGAUGCAAGGACUGACCAUCCAUAAUAUCAAAAUUGUAAUCCUGUUUCUGUGAUCUGUUUUCACUACCAUGUACCCAGUUCUCUUUGGAUAAAGGCGUCUGCUGAAUGGCAUAUAUUAUUAAAGUCUCCUUUGACUCUACCAACUAGUUGCUCAGUGUAGUUACUAUUCCUUUCCAACAGGUGGCAGCCAAAGCUAGUUGAAGGCACUACUCUAGCAACAGGGACACGGGAUUAGUGCGCGUUGAAAGUAGUUUAAUCUGCAAAGCAAAUUGAUCUGGUUACGUUCGAACCUGUCGUUAUAGUGGACAAGCUAACAAAUACUAUUUCUACAUAAGGCGCAGGCAUUAGGUAGGUCUAUGUCUUGAAAAAAAUUACAGCAGACUAGAUUUACAAAAUGAACUGGUUUUAUUCAAGCUCAAACCCUAUGUAAAUAGCUUUGCUUCUGGGUAUGCGCGCUUUAUAGAAGAAACGACACACGCAGGGAUGAGACGCCGUACACCUCGUCCAAUUCUCCCCUGUGCCCAUAGGGUGAACUGGCGAUAAACUGCCAGCCUCUAUGCUCCGCAAACAAAAUCAUACGAAAAGUUAGUCUGAUACCGAAAUUAAAUCACAAUGUAUUUAUAACGAGCACGCUCCAUAAUUGGUUAGAAUGAUAUUUCAUGAAUCAUGAUGCUGUCUGCAAUUCGAACUCCGGUCGUCUAAUCAAAAGGUAAAUGUCUUACCAUCGCAAUCAGCUCUGAUGAUAAACCUCGUCAUAGGAUACUGAUUAUAUAUAUUGAGCACCCACCCACUACUGAUAUUAACCUUAAACAAUUUAUAAUCAAGCAACAUUUCACAAAUUAUUUAACUGGUAUAUUGGCUGCUGACUGGUCGAGUAACCUCUUCUGCCAGGAAGUCCUUCACAAGGAUUAGUGACACGUCCAAUAAAUACAUCGCCAUCCAGACAGAUUUACAGGAACCUCUGACUGCAUGUAAUACAGCCACCAUCCGCUGGGAUUUUGUGCUGUAUCGCCACCAUCUCUCUACAACACACACACUCCUACUCUAGCCAUUAUCUGGCAGCAUCCCCACUCACAUCAGUUUGUGUUUGGCUACGCCGACCCUCUAGCUGAGCUGUUUCAGGCGGCAUGUCUGUGUUGUUACUGCUACGAGAACGAACUAUUUUUAUCUGGGGCAACGAUCGGCUCAAACAUGAACGGCUUCAGUAGGUUUAUUGGCUCCCUAAAUAACAUUAUUUAAUUCUCUGUAAUAAACUCAUUCUCAGACUCGGAGCUACUCGGUAAAUUCAGCCAUUUUUGGGAGUUCAAAAAUCUUCUCUCCUGCCAGUGACGCAACAAUGCCAAUAUGGCGAUUUACAGUUAAAGUUUGCUGCCAUUCUAAAUCCUAGUGUUUCCAUUCCCCUUUAAGUUUACACUGAAAGGGUUUAUUUUUAAUUUUUUUGGAAUGGACAAAAAAUCUCAUCCCGCGACCCACCUGAAACCCUGCUGCGACUCACAAGUGGGUCCCGACCCACAGUUUGGGAACCACUGCUCUAAGUUACUGUUCUGUUACUAAUGUCUGUCUGUCUGUUACUACACUGUUACUAAUAUUACUUCUGUAAGUCACUGUUAAACUCACACUUAUACCUGUAAAUUCCCACACUCAAACUGUUCACACAUCUGGCGCCGACCAAGAUGGCGGCCUCGCGACUAGCUCUUAGGAAACUGCGGUAUUUCGUUUUUUAUGCAUUAUUUUAGAUAUUACUGCACUGUUGGAGCUAGAAGCACAAGCAUUUCGCUACACCCGCUAUAACAUCUGCUAAACACGUGUAUGUGACAAAUAAGAUGUGAUUUGAUUUGAUUUGACAUAGAUACUGUACAUAUUACACACAUACCUCUUGUAUCUAGUGUUUGAUGUACAGUUUUAAAAGGAGCGACGUCUGAGUCCUUGUUUUGUCUGAUGAUGUUCCUUCUGAUCUUCCACAGACCUGGAUGGAUUUCACCAAGGAGAUCCGCAGGCAGGUUCAAGGUGAGGCUUCUGCUCUCAUUGUGUAGUAGGGCCUAUCUUGUAACCUCUUGCUAAAUUCAUGGUAAUCAUACUGUGGGUGCGUUAGUAAAUUGCCUCCAGUGUCAGGCAGUGCGCUCUGGGCCAUUCAUAAGUUCAGAGCGUUUCUUUCUUGCGGCGCUCAGAUGCGCACACUGGAGCGUUUUUCUGAUCUCACAACGGAAGUCAAGCACCGAAGUUAACUGGCUAAAGUUUGCUUGCUAGCUUCUUCCCCGAACGUACCCUAAAUGUGGAAAGGCUACUAAGCACACUGCCCUAUACACCUCACCGUGACACUCCUGUUUCGUUUUCUGCUCCACCUACAUAGGUGCAAAGUUAGACAAGAUCUGUGCAGACGCACAAUCAUGUACAGGUGAGACGAAAAUACCCUCGUCAUUCAUUACUCAGGGGGGGGGGGGUAUUCAUUAGUGCACACGUAGCUAAACGUUGUGCAACGAAAAUGAGCGUUUCCUAUUGGACAAGUUCAUGUUAGUCCCUAACAGUCAGUUUCGUUCCAUUUGGUGCCUAUUGAAUACGACCCAGGUUUUUUUUAAACAUUGCUGUGCAUGUUUCAGCGAGAGGAAAAUAUUUCCAUGAUUUGAAUGUGUUUUCAUGCCAGAUUCUUUCCUUCAGGCACCAAUUAUGACUUCACCUUCAAUGUAAAGUUCUAUCCACCUGACCCAGCCCAGCUUUCUGAAGACAUCACCAGGUAAACCUCUACCUGCUCCUACGUUUGGUUUCUCUCUGCUCCCUGUCUCUUGUUUGUCAUUUCCCCAAUCUGUCUGUCUGUCUAUCUGUCUGUCUCUGUCUGUCUGCCUGUCUGUCUGUCUGGCUUCCUGGAAGCCCUGUGGUCUGUGACCUCAUGCUGACCUCUAGCUAUGUUGGUGUACAACAGGUAUUCUGUGUAUGUGUGUGUUUGUGUUUGUGUACGACAGGUAUUCUGUGUGUGUGUGUGUGUGUGUGUGUGUUUGUGUACGACAUGUAUUCUGUGUGUGUGUUUGUGUACGACAGGUAUUCUGUGUGUGUGUUUGUGUACGACAGGUAUUCUGUGUGUGUGUGUGUGUGUACGACAGGUAUUCUUGAUAGGACAUAUGUUUUAUUGUUAACGCAAACGUGUUUCUUUAAAGGAAGAAAGCUUCCAUUGUCCUAUCAGGAGUUGAUCAGUAUCUUCUCAUCUUCAGUUUGUCAAUGCACCUUGGUUUAAAAACGACUCAGCCACAGCCCUUUAUUUUUCCUGGCAUUGACAGGUACUACCUGUGUCUCCAGCUGCGUAAGGACAUCCUGGGGGGCCGUCUGCCGUGCUCCUUCGUCACGCUGGCCCUGCUGGGUUCCUACGCACUGCAGUCAGAGCUGGGGGAGUACGACCCAGAGACACACGCACCAGACUACGCCAAGGACCUGAGGCUGGCCCCGGGACAGACCAAGGAGCUAGAGGAGAAAGUCAUGGAGCUGCACAAGACAUACAGGUCAGGAUGGGUUUUAAGACACACACACACACACAAACACACACAACACACACACACACACACACACACACACACCAAACACACACCACACACACACACACACACACACACACACACAACACACACACACAUACAAACACACCACACACAACACACAACACAUACACACACACACACACACACACAACACACACAUACACACACACCACACACACACACACACACAACACACCCAACAUACACACCACACACACCACACCAACACACACACAACACACACCACACACACCACACACACACCCACCACACACACACACCACACACACACCAACCCACACACACCCACACACCACACACACCAACCACACACACCACACACACACACACCACACACACCCAUAUCACACCACACCCACACACACACAUUCCACACACCCCACACCUCACCCCACCACCACCCCCACCACACCCACACCCACCACACACCACACACACACACACACACACACACACACACACACACACAUACUGACAUAGAGACACAUGACAUACAGUAUAUUCAACAGAAUGCCCACACACAAGACCUACAGUUUAGGAGGGAGGGGGUUGUACUGGGUGCAUAGGGUCACCUGACAGUUUAGGAGGGAGGGGGUUGUACUGGGUGCAUAGGGUCACCUGACAGUUUAGGAGGGAGGGGGUUGUACUGGGUGCAUAGGGUCACCUGUGUGCACUGUUAUGUAAAUCACUGUUAUGUAAAUUAUUGUUAUGUAAAUCAUUGUUAUGUAAAUUAUUGUCACAGCAGGAAUGUGCUACUCAUAAUUAAUCUGUAAUGCCAGAGUCAUUCGUGCUACUGUAUGAUACCAUUGCGUCUUGCUGAUAUGGUAUCUGUCCUGUCUACAGGUCAAUGAGUCCAGCACAGGCAGACAUGGCCUUUCUGGAGAACGCCAAGAAACUAGCCAUGUACGGAGUGGACCUGCACCAGGCCAAGGUAACGUAGUCACAACCCAGGCCAAGGUAACGUAGUCACAACCCAGGCCAAGGUAACGUAAGUCACAACCCAGGCUUUUUAUAGCGUUUGGUUAGCUACAGUGCUAACACUUUUUAUAGCUUUUAGUUAUAAGUUAGCUACAGUGCUAACUUGUUUUCUAGCGUUUGGUUAGCUACAGUGCUAACGUUUUUUGUAGCGAUUGGUUAGCUACAGUGCUAACGUUUUUUAUAGCGUUUGGUUAGCUACAGUCCUAACACUUUUUAUAGCGUUUGGUUAUAAGUUAGCUACAGUGCUAACUUGUUUUCUAGCGUUUGGUUAGCUACAGUGCUAACUUGUUUUCUAGCGUUUGGUUAGCUACAGUGCUAACGUUUUUUGUAGCGAUUGGUUAGCUACAGUGCUUACACAUUUUCACUACUAAAAAGUCAAUAUGAAAAUGCUGCAUAUUAACAUCACAUUGUUGUUGAUGUGUGAAUAAUGUGUAAGUUCUAACUAGUUUUCACAAGACUAUAGGUCAGGAUGGGUUUUAAUACACACACACACACACACACACAUACACACACAUACACACACACACACACACACAUAAACACCUCCAUUGAUGAAGAUGCAUUGGUAGGAGACUAGGAGUGCAUGUGUUUUAGCCCAGAUAGUCGUGUCCUCCCGUCUGUCCACUGGAGUCCAGUUAUAUCACAUCUGUCCUAUUAACCACAGAGUAGAGCAGACCUGACGACGAUAACAAGGAUAUGGGCUGCGUCCCAAAUGGCACCUUAUUCCCUUUGUAGUGCACUACUUUUGACCAGAGCCCCUCAAAAGUAGUGCACUAUAUAAUACUUCUACAUCUGCAUGAUGGGUUUCUGUAUAAGCACACUGUGACAUCUGCUGAUGUUAAAAAGGGAUUUAUAAAUACAUUUGAUUUGAUUUGAUAUAGGGAAUUGGGUGCCACCUGGGACAUCAUGGUGUUUUACGUAGUUAGGUUACUACCUCCCGAGUGGCGCAGUGGUCUAAGGCACCUGCAUCGCAGUGCUAGCUGUGCCACUAGAGAUCCUGGUUCGAAUCCAGGCUCUGUCGUAGCCGGCCGCGACCGGGAGACCCAUGCGCACAAUUAGCCCAGUGUCGUCCAGGGUAGGGGAGGGAAUGGCCGGCAGGGAUGUAGCUCAGUUGGUAGAGCAUGGCAUUUGCAACGCCAGGGUUGUGGGUUCGUUUCCCACGGGGGGCCAGUAUGAUUUAAAAAAAAAUAAUAAUAAUGUAUGCACUCACUAACUGUAAGUCGCUCUGGAUAAGAGCGUCUGCUAAAUGACUAAAAAUGUUAUAACUCCUCUCUGCUGCAGUGUAACCUACGGCAGCUGUGAAGUCAGUGUUCGUGUCUGUUCCCAGAAAAGGGAGAAACGCGUGCCUCUGUCAGACCACUGUUUUAAUAGCAGAAAUGAGGUCAAUCUGUUUGCAUCAAAACCAGGGAUUUAAAUAAAAUAUGGCAGUCAUUAUCCUGAAAGUGUGGUUGAUGCUGGAUCCCAGUGGUUGGCUGGUGUCAUUGCAUUAACAUGCAGUCAAUGUUAAGUCAAUGGUAUACUGUAAAUCUGUUAGCAAACUGUAAAUCUGUGAGCAAUCAUGAAAAUGUAGGGUCCAGCAGACUUGCAGUUGAAGAGUUUUACUAUCUCUCUCCUCUCUCUCUCUCUCCUCUCUCCUCUCUCUCUCUCCUCUCCUCUCCCCUCUCCUCUCUCCCUCCUUCUCUCUCGCUCUCUCUCUCCGCUCUCUCUCUCUCUCUCCUCUCCUCCUCUCCCUCCCUCCACAUCCUCCUCUCCCUCCCUCCCUCCCUCUCUCCUCACCCCUCUCCUCUUCUCCCCCUCCUCCUCUCCUCUCUCCAGGAUCUAGAUGGAGUGGACAUCAUGCUGGGUGUGUGUUCUGGGGGUUUGAUGGUCUACAAGGACAAGCUGAGGAUCAACCGGUUCCCCUGGCCCAAAGUCCUCAAGGUCUCCUACAAACGCAGCAGCUUCUUCAUCAAGAUACGCCCCUCAGAGGUCAACUUUAUUUAUGCGUUUGUUUGGAUGUCUUUUAGCCCCCGAGAGGCCUACUCUCCCAAGAAUCAGAUACCCAGUACAGCUCUGAUAAAUGAAAUGUCAAAUCAAUAGGUUUGUGGCUGUAGUGCUCUGCUAAAAUGUGGGUAUUCACCUGCUCUUCCAGCAGCUGGAGCAUUACGAAAGCGCCAUUGGUUUCAAACUGCCAAACUACAAGGCCUCCAAGAAGCUGUGGAAAGUGUGUGUGGAGCAUCACACCUUCUUCAGGUAAGAGAAUGCAAUGUUGACGCUCCCCACGAUAGGUUCUAUCAUUCUCACUUCUGAAGAACAUCAAAUUAUUAUUUUAUUGUACUCAAUGGAGAAGGGACAUAGAUACGUAAUUACUGUAGUAAUACAUUAAUAGUAUGGCUAUAUAUGCCUGUAGUUAUGUGUAGUUUAGUAAUAUGGGGUUGUCCUACCUACCUUAGUGACUGCACUGACUAAGUCGCUCUGGAUAAAAGCGUCUGCUAAAUGACUUAAAUGUAAAAAUGUAGUUUGCUAUAAUUAUAAUCCAAAUGGUUCCUCUGUCUGUCUCCAUGUCCAGACUGACCUCCACUGAGGUGGCUACCACUCCCAGGAAGUUCCUAGCGCUGGGCUCUAAGUUCCGCUACAGUGGGCGGACCCAGGCCCAGACCCGCCAGGCCAGCUCGAUGAUUGACAGGCCAGCCCCCCUGUUCCAACGCUCGGCCAGCAAGAGGAACUCACGCAGCCUGGACGAAGGUUUGUUGAAUGGGACUGUGUGUGUGUGUGUGUGGGGGGGGGGGGGAGGGGGAUGGGGAGGGGGGAUGGGGGGGGGAUUUUGGGGUUUUGUGGUCUGA